AUGUCCCAGCAACGCCAAAGAGCCUCUACAAAGGCUGGUACGCCUCCCCUGCUGAGCAGCAGUCCCAUCAAGCGGCAGAGGCUUGGGAUCAGCCUUGAGCAGAAGCAGGCAAUCAUCGAUAAUCUGCAACUGGAGCUGACCGAUCGCGCCAGGCGACUUCGCGCACAAUACAAUCAGCAAGCACAGACCCUUCGAUCACGUAUUCAGAUGCGCGUCAACCGCGUCCCCAGAGCUAUGCUGAAGAUGACAAUGGCCGACUUGGUUGCAAGAGCCGUCGAGCAGCAAAAGCGUCUUGAGGGUGCUUCGGUGCCACCGCCCGUACCUGAAAAGGAUUUUCCUCCCCGAGCGAGCCCAUACAAGCUGGCACCUCCAGCGCGGUCUGCUAAGCGGUUAAGUGAUGCUAUGGUAGGCGGAGACAAGGAGAACGAGCAGAUUCUCAACCCUAAGAAGAAGCAUCGUGCUGCCCCAGCGCCCCUUAGUUCCUCUCAGAUACUGUCACCAACGUCGUCAAACACUCGAUCACUAGCACGCGAAAGACCAUCUUCGCCGUCGAAGUCUUCUCAGAUCGCCCGGCCCACCUCAUCCCCUGCCAAACAGCACACAGGCACUCGAUCGGCUCUUGCGAACAUGGUUGAGAAAGCGAAAAAACCCGGCCGUACAGCUCCGUCGCGUCCCCUGAACGCCUCGACAGCCAGCUCCAACGCGUCGGCACCUGCGCCUGCUACAGGCACCGCGCCUCCCACGAGAACACGACGGGCCAACACCACUACGGCAGUCAAAGCGCCAUCGCGACCUGGGACGCGAACAGGCAAACGAGUGAGCGACUCUAGCGAGGACAGCACAGGAACAGUUGUCAAGAAGACAACCACGUCGACUUCCACGAAAAGAACUGUCAUGGGAACAAUCAGGAAGGGCGUCGGUGCGGCAACAAACAGGAAGCCAGCAGCGCCCAAGUCGGCGCCGGCAUCUACAGUGGGAACCACGAGAGUUUUGCGCAAACGGGGAUAG